UUGAAGGGAUGUUAUGUAGAUGACUUAGAUAUGUCAGCGGCCGCCGAGACGCUGUCGGAGGACAGCGCGAGUCCGGGAACGUCAGCCCACGGGUCCCUCAAGGCGCCCCAUGCUACUGACAAGCACAUAGUGCACUGGUUUCGAAAGGGACUACGCCUUCAUGACAACCCAGCUUUGCGUGAAGGACUCACUGAUGCUGUCACGUUUCGUUGUGUUUUUAUUAUAGACCCAUGGUAUGCCAGCUCUUCUAAUGUUGGAAUUAAUAAAUGGAGAUUCCUUCUACAAUGUUUGGAAGAUUUAGACAGAAGUCUGCGCAAGCUAAAUUCGCGUCUUUUUGUGGUCCGCGGCCAACCGACUGAUGCUUUACCAAAGUUGUUUCGUGAAUGGGGCACAACUGCGCUCACGUUUGAGGAGGACCCUGAACCUUUCGGCAGAAUUCGGGAUAAAAACAUAAUGACAAAAUGUCAUGAGAUUGGCAUCAGCGUGAUCUCAAGAGUUUCACAUACACUCUAUAAAUUAGACAAGAUUAUAGAGUGUAAUGGUGGUAAAGCACCACUGACGUACCAUCAGUUCCAAGCGAUAAUUGCAAGUAUGCCGCCACCACCGCCCGCUGAGGCAAUGAUCUCGAUGCAAGCUCUUAAUGGAGCCACCACUCCGCUCACUGAUGACCACGAUGACCGCUUCGGAGUACCUACGCUCGAGGAAUUAGGAUUCAAGACUGAAGGUCUGAAGCCCCCGGUGUGGAUCGGUGGUGAAAGUGAAGCAUUAGCAAGAUUGGAAAGACAUUUAGAGCGCAUAGCUUGGUUGGCGUCAUUUGGGAGGCCUAAAAUGACUCCGCAAUCUUUAUUGGCAAGCCCUACGGGAUUGUCACCAUACUUAAGGUUUGGAUGUUUAUCAUCAAGAUUAUUCUAUUAUCAACUUACGGAAUUAUACAAAAGAGUAAAACACGUGUGCCCGCCAUUGUCCCUGCAUGGACAAAUACUUUGGAGGGAAUUUUUUUACUGCGCUGCUACGCGUAAUCUGAAUUUUGAUCGAAUGAAAGGCAACCCGAUAUGCGUGCAGAUACCUUGGGAGAAAAACCAGGAAGCUAUCGCCAAGUGGGCUAAUGCUCAAACUGGCUUUCCUUGGAUAGAUUCUAUAAUGAUACAAUUGAGAGAAGAAGGAUGGAUCCAUCAUAUAUCACGACAUGCUGUUGCUUGUUUCCUUACAAGGGGCAACCUCUGGAUAUCCUGGGAGGAAGGCAUGAAGGUAUUCGACGAAUUGAUACUGGACGCUGACUGGUCAAUCAACGCAGGGAUGUGGAUGUGGCUGUCCUGCUCCUCCUUCUUCCAUCAAUUCUUUCAUUACUAUUGUCCUGUUCGGUUUGGCCGAAAGAUAGAUCCCAAUGGUGAUUUCAUUAGGAAGUACAUCCCUGUGCUGAAGGACAUGCCGACGCAGUACAUCCACGAGCCGUGGACGGCGCCUGCGGAGGUGCAGCGCGCAGCGCGCUGCGUGGUGGGCCGCGACUACCCGCUGCCCAUGGUCGACCACACCAAAGUCUCGCAGAUCAACAUCGAGCGCAUAAAGCAGGUCUACGCGCAACUUGCCAAAUUCAAACCACAAGGUUCGAUAAACCCACAAGUUGUUGCUCGACCGCAAUCAUCGCCAAGUCCAACCUCUAUGAUAACAAGCAUAUAUCAAUCUAACUCUGCAGUCAAUCUGUGCAGUCAAUCUUCUGACGCUCAAUCGACUACAACUACGGCACCGCCACAUUUUAAAGAAGCGUAA